CCCUAUCUCCCUGGCCCAGGCUCAUGGCUCCCCCGCGUCCCUGUGUAUGAGAAAUAUAUAUAAGCGGUACACAAAAUGGAUGGAUGGAAAUAAUCUCUGUGUUUUAGGAAACAUCCUGGUCCAGCAGUAGGUGGCGGUAACUGAAAGCCCGCACUAAAGCAAGAAAGAAAGAGAAGAAAUGUGGGGUAAAAACGGCGUUUAAGUUGUAAUGGAUCGCUUUGACGGCCAAAACAAAAGCACGGAGUCGAAAGUCAGGAAUGCGUUGAGCUCGGUGCCAUGGGCGCGUUUCUCCGCUUGGCUCGAGUGUGUGUGUGUUGUUACCUUCGACCUCGAGCUCGGACAAGCCAUAGAGUUGAUCUACCCACAUGAUGCUAAGCUUACAGAGAAGGAGAAAACAAGCAUAUGCUACUUAUCCUUUCCUGACUCAUUUUCAGGAUGCCUUGGGGACACACAGUUCAGUUUUAGGCUGCGGCAGUCUGUGGGACGAGUGAGAGACCUAUGGUUUCGAGAGAAUGAUGCGUACAACCAGGAAGCACCACUAAUACUGCAGAAAGAGCUGGCUCACUUCUAUGGCUAUGUGUACUUUAGACAAGUAAAGGAUGUCUCGGUCAAAAGGGGCUACUUUCAGAAGUCUCUGGUGCUGGUGUCCAGACUGCCGUAUGUUCACUUGUUCCAGUCUCUACUUCAGAUCAUUGCUCCUGAGUACUUUGAGAAGUCAGAGCCUUGUUUGGAGGCAGUGUGUAAUGAGAUUGACCAGUGGCCCCCACCUGUGCCAAGCCAGACACUCAGUUUGCCUGUGAUGGGAGUCAUCUUGCAGGUCAGAAUUCCUUCAAAAGAUGACAAACCAGGAGGAAGUCCUAGCCAACAGGGACAAAAAGAGAAACAGAUCUCUUCUCCAAUGGUUCUCCCUACCAUAAAUGAGCUGGAUCUUUUCAAGUGCUUCCAGUCUGUCCUCAUUCACAUACAGUUGCUUUGGGAGCUGAUGUUGCUAGGACAGCCGUUGGUCGUCAUGGCGCCCUCUCCAGCUGUGUCCUCAGAGACGGUGCUGGCUCUUGUUAGCUGCAUCAGUCCACUGAAGUACUGCUGUGAUUUUCGGCCUUACUUUACCAUCCAUGACAGUGAGUUUAAGGAGUACACUACAAGAACUCAGGCACCACCUAAUGUAUUACUGGGUGUUACGAAUCCUUUCUUUAUAAAGACCUUUCAGAGCUGGCCUCAUAUCAUGUGUCUGGGGGAGUUGAAGAUGUCCAGAGAUUUGCUAAAGCAAGUUAAGGUCAAGAAAUUGACCAAGUUGAAAACGCUGGACACAAAACCAGGUAUAUACACAGCGUACAAAACGUUUCUUCAUAAAGACAAAGCCCUAAUCAAGCGACUCUUAAAGGGAAUUCAGAGGAAAAGGCCUUCUGAGGUGCAGUGCACCAUCUUGAGGUGGCACUUGUUAGAACUGACGCAGAGCUUUAUCGCUCCGCUGGAGCGAUACCUGGCCAGCUUGAUGCCACUGCAAAUAUCCAUGACUCCUUGGAAGACUCCUCCUCAGAUCCGACCCUUCAGUCAGAAUGAGUUCAUGGCCACUCUGGAGCAUGCUGGGCCUCAGCUCACCUCCAAAGGGGACUGGCUGGGCCUUUAUAAGCAAUUCUUUCAGUCUCCUAAUUUUGAUGGCUGGUUCCGUGCUAAGCACAGGGAAAUGACACAUAAGGUGGAGUGUCUUCAUUUAGAGGCCAUCUGUGAUGCUGAUCUGCUGAGUUGGACAAAAGACAAGUCCGAGGUGGAGACCGUUGACCUGAUUUUAAAAUUGCGUGAAAAGCUGACGAGAGCUCAUAUGCAUCAGCUUCCAGUGAAGGAGGAAUUGCUGGACAAGUUGGAAAACUACAUCCAUUCUGUGAUCAGCUCUCUGCCCGAGGAUCUGCAGGCAGUACUAUACAAAGACUGAAAUUAAAAUUAUUUUAAUGCAGGGAUAUAAAUCAGCUUUCGUUCGGUAGCACUGUUGCUCCCAUUUCAGAAAGCUGACAGCACCAGCAUUAACAAAAAUACAGAAGAACCCACGGAUGUGUUUGGGGUAACAAUAUACAGUAUGUGUGUUACGUCUGCGAGUGAAAUGUGGCCUAGCUACCUAUGGUGGUUCACUGUCAUUCACUGAGCUCUCAAACGACAGAGAGCUUUAGUUUAUUUGUGAGAAGACUUUAGGACUUCAAGUUCGAUAUUUGUGGCAUCAGACCUUAAACAGUAAACCAGUAAAAUAAGGGGUGUAGUUAGUUUAAAGGGUGCACACCAUUUCUGUUGCACAAAGGAAACUUUUACAUAUUUUGCUUCAGGGUUUAGGGUUUAAUGAAGUUCAUUUAAUGAUUACAUGCCAUCUGUAGUUGUGCAGAACUUGUAUUUUUACAGAAGUAUAAAAUUGAACCUCAUACAGCACUUCAUGUCAUUAUUUCCUCCAUGCUAUUUUUAUUUUACAUAAUACACUAUAUGGCCAAAGGUUUGUGGACACCUGACCAUCACACCCAUGUGUUGUUGAACAUCUCAUUCCAGAUUUCGCCUUCCUUUGUGUGGUUAUAAUAAGCACCACUCUUCUGGGAAGGCUUUCAACUAGAUUUUGGAUUUGUGUUCAUUCAACCAAAAGAGCAUUAGUGAGGUCAGCUACUGAUGUUGGGUGAGGUGGUCUGGGGUGCAGUCGGUGUUCCAGUUCAUCCCGAAGGUGUUCAAUGGGGUUGAAGUCAGGUCUCUGUGCAGGACACUCGAGGUCUUCCACACCAACCUUAACAUACCAUGUCUUCAUGGAGCUCGCUUAAUGCACUCUUUUCCAGUGAAAGGAAAUUGUAAAGCUAUAGAGCCCCGACCUUCUAUACAUUCUGUACAAUUUUGUGGUUCCAACAUUGUGGAACAGCAUAGGGAAAAACCACAUAUGGGUUUGAUGGUCAGGUGUCCACAUACUUUUGGCCAUAGUGUAUAUCUUAUGUAUCUUCUGUUAUAAUGACAUAAAUACACUUCCAUUUUUAUGAAAUAACAAAUAAUUUGUCAAUCAGUAAAAACAUUUGUUUCAGACUUGAGUAGACCUGAAUGUAUUGCAUGAGGUCACUUUUGGAAGCUCAGUCAAACUACAGAGUAUAGCAGGGUAUCCACGGGUCCUUAAAAAGUCUUAACAUGUCUUAAAUUCCCGUUUCAAAGGUCUUAAAAAUGCAAGGGAACCGACACCGUAAAGAAGAUUUGGAUUGUAUUUUGACUCGUUGCUGUUUGAGACGGUGAACCCGUGUGACUCUGUUACACUCAGAGUGUGUGCAGCUCAUCAGUGUUGUAGAGCGACUCCAUCCACAGUAACUGCCGAUCCACACCAACUUCAUCUCUGUCUGUGAGUUUGAGUCACUUAUAACCUGCGUUUAGACACGACACGCUCCAGAUUCACCUUAGUUUUACAUAAGCUCAAACAUUUUUGUGUUCAGAGGUCUACGGCAUUUCACCUGAUCAGUAAUGAGAAGUGAAUUUUAAAAAACUGUUGCCAGAUAAAAGGACGUCUUCCUGCCAUUUUCCACCAAAAUAAAAGCCACAAGGUCUAACACAAGUGAAUUAAGUCAGAAAUAUAUUACUGUUGUUAUAUUACUAUUUGUACCUCCAAAUAAAAAAUUAUUAUUAAGUAUUAUUCAGUGCAAUAGGAAUAUUACAAAAUAGCAAAGGUUUUUUAAUAUAUAUAUUUUCUUAACAAAAAUUUAUGUACAUUUAUAACACUACUUGUUACAUUUCCCUGGCAUUAAAUUACAAAAAAAAAACAACAACAUAAACACUGCUGUGAGGGGAUUUCUAAUACAGCUGCUGAGUGAAUGAUGGUAAAUUUGACAUCUUUUUCUCUUCUGACUUCCAUAAUCCAUCUCUCUCUAUAUUUUUUCCUCUCUUGGAAAGUCAUGGAAAGGAAAUACAGUGGGGGAAAUAAGUAUUGGACACGUCAACAUUUCUUUCAGUAAAUAUAUUUCCUAUGAGGUUAUUCACAUGAAAUUUUCACCAGACAUCAGUAUUAAUUCAAGAAAUCCAGAAAUAUAAAGAAUUCACAAGACAUGGAAAAAAAAGAAUUGAACACACUAACUGAAAUGUAUUUAAUACUUAGUGGAGAAGUCUUUAUAUGUAACGACAGCUUCAAGACACUUCCUGUAUGAAGAAAUUAAUGUUCCGCAGUAUUCAGGUGUGAUCUUGACCUAUUCUUCUAAACGUAUUGUCUUUAAAUCUUGUUCAGUUGGAUUCAAGUCAGGUGAUUGACUGGGCCAUUCUAACGCCAACGUCGAUGUUUCGGGCCAGAUCUAAGCAUGGGUAGGAGUGGUCUGAGCCCAUCCAGACGUCUGUCUUUCCCACUCAAUCAGAACUUAUGCAAAGACAACAUUAAUCUUUUAUUUUUUAUGAUUCGUGUAUUGGUUAAAAGAAAUCUGAGGUGGGCUGUGUGUUGAGAAGUUUGAGGAAGGGCUGUAGACUGCCACAAACAAUCACAUCAUAAUGUCAGAAAAUUGCAGUAUUUUUCUAUGAUUUUAUUGACUGAAAGCAACGGUGCGUUCUACACUCACGAGGUGGGUUCAGUCUGCCCAUCUUCUUUAGCUGGCAAAAACCGGGCCUGCUGAUGUUUUAACUCAAUGGGUGGAAUUGCCUGACGGUCCCUUGGGCAACUUGCACAGUGAUACCGGGUCAGAACAUUCCCAGGUGUGAAUAUGCAUCUCUAAUUCCCACUGGCUUUUGAGUAAAAGUUGUAUGUCCGUAUAUAAAAACUGAAUAAUAUUAAAACUAAUGGUGGUAUUGAUAUAUGUGUAAGACUGUUGCCUCUAUCGAACAAGGACAGAGGAAAGUGAAUAUCCAGCAAAUAUCAAAUAUAAAACUAUAUUUAUCACGGUGAAAAACCUGGGUAAUUUUUUUCAGUGGACAUGUCAUCCUCCCUUACUAUAACCCUCUUACUGCCUUUGAAAAGCACGUAAUUAACUUCUUGGAGUGAAGCAACAUGUUUGACAAAGCCACGUGGCAUUUUCUCACCCGAUUUCUUGAGGAAUCCCCCUGAGAUGCUUUUUAAACAGUAUUAAAGGAGUUCCCACCAACGCUGGACACUUAUUGGCUGAUUUUCUGAAUAUUUUGCUCCAAGUCAUCCAUUUAAAAAAUAUCUACUUUUUUGUAAAUAAAAUCUUAGUUUUCUAAUAAAAUAAAUGAAUUUGUUGGCUAUCAUGUGGCACGUGUUGGUUGUUGCGACCCAGAACUAUCCGUCAUUUCCCAAGUGCAGAUGAUUCCUGUUCUGGUAAUGAUGGAGGCUCUUCAUGAAAGAAGGUGGCCACAUG